AUUUACGCGGUGCCUCUGUUCCUUCAACAUUUCUUUCAUCAAACCCUAGGCUCCAAUUCCAUUGAAAUUUGCUGGUUAUCGAAGCUUGAUUUGCUCUGAAAAGUUGACAAUGGCGGCCUCGCAAGCGCAUCUGGACAAGAUGCAACUCCGACAAAACUACAGGAACGUGUGGCACACUGAUCUUAUGAGCACCAUCUCUGCCGAUACUCCUUAUUGCUGCGUUUCGUUAUUCUGUGGACCAUGUGUAUCGUACUUGCUUCGUAAGCGAGCUCUCUAUAAUGAUAUGUCAAGGUAUACAUGUUGUGCUGGAUAUAUGCCCUGCAGCGGAAAGUGUGGUGAAAGUAAAUGUCCUGAAUUAUGUCUUUGCACAGAGGUCUUCUUGUGCUUUGGGAAUUCAGUAGCAUCGACUCGCUUUCUGUUGCAAGAUGAGUUCAAUAUACAAACAACACAAUGCGAUAACUGUAUCAUUGGUUUCAUGUUUUGCCUCCAACAACUCGCGUGCAUCUGCUCCAUUGUUGCUUGCCUUGUUGGAAAUGAAGAACUUAGUGACGCAUCUCAGGCACUCAAUUGCUUAGCCGACAUGGUUUACUGCACGGUUUGUGCCUGCAUGCAGACACAGCACAAGGUGGAAAUGGACAAACGAGAUGGAAAGUUUGGACCACAACCAAUGGCGGUUCCCCCCGCCCAGCAAAUGUCAAGGUUUGAUCAGCCAUAUCCUCCCAAUGUCGGAUAUGGGCAACCGACAUAUGGUGGUUAUCCGCCAGGACCUCCUCCUGCCGCCUAUCCUCCACCGGGGUAUCCAGCUCCAAGUUAAAUAUUGUGAUUUGUGUGUAAAUCUUCCAUUCUUUAUAUUAUUAAAGUUAUUGGCGAGACUAAUCCUUGUGGUUGCUGAGCUUGAGGAUAUAUGAAUAAACUUGUAGAUGUUUGAAAACUUUGAA